AAAUAUUUAAUUUAAUAAUGACUAAAAGAUAAUGACCAAUAAUCCAAUAUUAGAAAAUAAAAACAUAUGAUUUUAUAUUUUAAAAGUUAGUAUGUUUUAAUCCGAUAAAUAUGAAUUUUUAAUUUUUUCUUAGUUUUAUACCCUAAUUUUAAAAAUUUUUUACAAUUGUUUGGGGUACUCUAAAGUACGGAGUAUAUCUCUUUUUUCUCAGGAAGAGUCAUACGAGUACCUGCAUUAAAGAGUUGUUUAGAGAGAAGCAUGGAUUCAGCACGAGAUGUGGUGUUCAAGAAAUCAGAGAGCCUCGACGGCGCCUGCACGAAAAUCGAGGGAUACGACUUCAAUCGCGGCGUUGAUUACCCUAAGCUACUCGCGUCUCUGUUUUCCACCGGCUUUCAAGCUUCCAAUCUCGGCGAAGCCAUUCAAAUCGUCAAUGAAAUGCUUGAUUGGAGGCUCUCCCAUGAACCUCUAACAGAAGAUUGCAGCGAGGAGGAGAAAGAUCUUGCGUAUAGGGACACGGUGAAGUGCAAAAUUUUCUUGGGGUUCACUUCCAACCUUAUAUCUUCUGGGGUCCGAGACACCAUUCGUUAUCUUGUUCAGCAUCACAUGGUAGAUGUAGUAGUUACAACAGCGGGUGGUAUUGAGGAAGACAUUAUAAAAUGUCUAGCGCCAACUUACAAGGGUGAUUUUUCUUUACCCGGAUCUGUACUACGUUCGAAGGGAUUGAACCGUAUUGGUAACUUGUUGGUUCCCAACGACAACUAUUGCAAAUUUGAAGACUGGGUCAUCCCAAUUUUUGACAAGAUGUACGAGGAGCAAAUCAAACAGGGUGUAUUAUGGACACCAUCUAAAGUUAUUGCUCGCCUUGGGGAAGAAAUUAAUGAUGAGAGUUCAUAUUUAUACUGGGCAUACAAGAACAGAAUUCCUGUCUUCUGUCCUAGUUUAACUGAUGGCUCUCUAGGUGACAUGUUAUACUUCCACUCUUUCAAAAAGGAAGAUCCUGGUAACCCAGAUAGGAAUCCCGGCUUAAUCAUUGACAUUGUGGGAGAUAUCAGGGAAGUGAACGGCGAGGCAGUUCAUGCCGGUCCUAGGAAGACUGGAGUGAUUAUCCUUGGUGGAGGAAUGCCUAAACAUCAUAUUUGCAAUGCUAAUAUGAUGCGUAAUGGCGCCGACUUUGCUGUCUACAUCAACACAGCCCAGGAGUUCGAUGGGAGUGAUUCUGGCGCUCGUCCCGAUGAAGCUGUGUCUUGGGGGAAAAUCCGUGGUGGUGCAAAAACUGUUAAGGUACAUUGUGAUGCAACCAUUGCUUUCCCCCUUUUGGUAGCUGAGACAUUUGCAACCAAAUUCUAAGAGUCUUCAUUGGCAAACUUUGUUGUAUAUUAGGCCUUUCUGUUCCUCAUGUAUCCUGGAGAAACUAUAUUUACUCACAGAUUGAGCAUUUUUGCGAAGCUGUCUCUUAUCCCAUACAGGUAGGAAGAUUUUGGUACAUUUAUUAUCUCGGUUCUGAAUCGAUGAUCAAUACUACUGCAUGAAUUGAAGCUUUUGAAUUGGAGAGCAUAUCAUGCGUUCUUUUAUGUGGUUUUG